GAUUGACAGGCCGUUCGACCAGACCCCACGCUAGAGAUUAAUUUUACCAAAACCUCCACAAACUGACUGCGGAAUUUAGCGUGUUUUCAACGAUUUUUUUCCUUGGGACCGCUACGGACACGACGGCAAACAAAACAAGGUCCAACAAGACACUCCAGCUCCUUGCCACAUUAGGAUCAGUGUCCAUGCUUCGGUAAGAUCUGAGCUGUUUUAGUCAUCCUGCAUUUGGUUUCAACAACUUAGGCUCACUCUUGCUGCAAAAAUGGAGACCGGUCACAUGGGGUUGCCGAGAGGCGAAAUGAACAAGAAUGCCCAGACCACUAUGUGGCAUCAACAGUACCACGAUUCUGGCAUCAUGUCUGGUGCGACAACAACAGCACACUCUAUGAAAGGUGAUGAGGAUGAUGAUUAUAUGAAGACUACGCACAUGAGCUUUGAAUGGGAACAGAGCUUCACAGACCAGGAGAUGCAAGCAAUGAAUGAACAGUUUGUCUCUACAAGGAGCCAACGCAUUCGACAAGCAAUGUUUCCUGAAACUUUGGAAGAGGGAAUGCAGAUCCCGUCAACUCAAUUUGAUGCUACAUCUGCUACUGCMGUUCAACGUUUGGCUGAACCGUCUCUGAUGCUCAAACAAGCUGUAGUCAAUUUAAUAAACUAUCAGGAUGAUGCAGAUCUUGCUACACGUGCCAUCCCUGAAUUGACAAAACUUCUAAAUGAUGAAGACCAGGUGGUUGUAGGCCAGGCAGCAAUGAUGGUUCAUCAACUGUCCAAAAAAGAUGCCAGUCGUCAUGCCAUCAUGAAUUCACCUCAAAUGGUAGCCGCAUUAGUGAGAGCUCUAAACAACUCCUCAGAUGUGGAAACAACUCGCUGCGCAGCUGGUACUUUGCAUAAUUUGUCGCACCACAGGCAAGGUCUGUUAUCCAUCUUUAAGUCUGGUGGUAUACCUGCUCUGGUCAAGCUGCUUGGUUCCCAGGUCGAAGCUGUGGUGUUCUAUGCCAUCACUACCCUUCACAACUUGCUUCUUCACCAAGAGGGGGCCAAGAUGGCUGUYCGUCUUGCUGGAGGGUUGCAGAAAAUGGUUGCUCUUUUGGGUCGUACCAACGUGAAGUUCCUGGCCAUUGUAACAGACUGUCUACAUGUCUUGGCUUAUGGCAACCAAGAAAGCAAGCUUAUUAUCCUGGCAUCUGGUGGACCAGCUGAACUUGUUCGUAUCAUGAAAAGCUACACAUACGAGAAGCUGCUCUUUACCACUAGCAGGGUGUUGAAGGUCUUGUCAGUGGAUACUGACAAUAAGAUGGCAAUCGUUGAGGCUGGAGGAAUGCAAGCACUUGCUAUGCAUCUUGGUCACCAAAGUAAUCGYCUUGUCCAGAACUGCUUGUGGACUCUUCGUAACCUGUCCGACGCGGCAACCAAGGAAGAAGGUCUCGAUAAUCUUCUCCAAAUGCUUGUCCAGCUCUUAUCUUCCAAYGACACUCAGGUCGUCACAUGUGCUUCAGGAAUCCUCUCUAACUUGACCUGCAAUAAUCCAAGGAACAAACAGCUUGUGUGCAGGUUUGGUGGUAUUGAAGCGCUUGUACGUACUUGUCUGCAAGCUGGAGAUAGAGAAGAGAUCACUGAACCAGCUGUGUGUGCCCUUCGUCACUUGACAAGCCGACAUGYCRAUGCUGAAGCYGCCCAGAAUGCCGUGCGUGUACACUAUGGGCUUCCUGUGUUGGUCAAGUUACUCCAUCCACCAUCUCGCUGGCCACUCAUCAAAGCUGUGAUUGGUCUAAUUCGUAACCUGGCUCUCUGCCCAGCCAAUCAUACACCAAUCAGAGAACACGGCGGACUGCCUCGUUUGGUUCAAUUGCUGAUGCGUGCUCACCAAGACAUGGUGAAACGUCCAGGACAGACGGCAGUGAUUGACGGAGUGAGAAUGGACGACAUUGUGGAGGGAACUGUUGGUGCUCUUCAUAUUCUAUCGAGAGAAGCACACAACAGAGCUGUCAUCAGAAGCCUUCACUGUAUACCUCUCUUGGUUCAGUUGUUGUAUUCUCCCAAUGAGAACAUCCAAAGAGUCGCUGCUGGUGUCCUGUGUGAACUSGCUCAGGACAAGGAAGGCGCUGAGGCUAUCGAGGCAGAAAACGCUACCCAACCCCUAACAGACCUGCUCCACUCACGAAAUGAAGGCAUUGCUGCGUAUGCUGCUGCAGUCCUGUUCCGCAUGUCRGAAGAUAAAUCACAGGACUACAAGAAACGUCUAUCUGUUGAACUGACAAGCUCGUUAUUCAGAGAGGAUGCUCCUUGGCCGCCAGAGCACAUGGAUGGUGAGUUCAUGGAUACGUAUCAUAUGGCUGGAGCUUAUAAUUACCCCGCAGAAAGCAUGGAUUACACCCAAGGUCCCAUGGACUACCACCAACCCCAUUAUGACUACCAUGGCGACUCCGGCAUGCCUCCCCCUGGACAUCACCACCCUGGACAGCACCCCCCUGCCRGUGGAACCUGGUACGACACCGACCUUUAAUGACCUUGUCUGGCACUUCUUGUCAAGAAAACGAGUUAGAUGAUAAGCCUUUCCUUUACGAAAGUUAACUGACAUUAUUUAGAACCGUAACGAACAUGGGUUCGACAUAGCGUAAAAUAGACUUGUGCUGGCUUUAGUCGUAUUUUUUUGUUUUUGUUUUUUAUUAUAAAGUAAAAUGUAUAUCAAAUAUUUGGGAGCAUUUUUGUUGAUAUUUUUCUUUAAUUUUGUUACCAUUAGACUCUUUUGUAAACRUAGACUUUGACUCAGUUUUCUUCUAACGAAAAUUUUGGCUCACCUUUUGUUGGAGAGUAUUUUGUUUGCCCAAAAAAAGUCGAAAAUCAAAUAAGUAGAAUGUUCCUCGCUCCCAUGACGACCAAACGUUGCUUCUCCAUCACAACAGCCUCAUUUCGAUGAGACCAAACACCUCUGCCCCCUCCGCCAUGURUUCAAAUACCACUGGUGAAAUGAAAAAUAUUUCACGGUAUAGAUAUUUUAGGCUACUCGAGUAAAUGAAUAAGCUAGUCUUCUAGAAUUAGUCUUUUUCCAUGUGUAAGUUCAGUAUUUUCUUUUUCUUUUAUUUMUUGUAAAACGUACGAUCACGAUUUUGAAGUGAAAGAAAUUCGCUUGUUUUUCAAUGUCAAGCUAGAAAAGCUGGCUUUUCCCGCCUUUUGCAAUUGGCGAAUGUGCUUUCCAGUUUAACCGGUUUUAUUUCCCCCCCUUCGCAACUUGCGAAAAUGCCUUCCGACUAAACCAGUAUUUUCCCGCCUUUUUAAAUCGAAGGCCCUUUGAGCGCGCCCCACUUCAAAGUCAUGGCAGUCCGUAUUUAAAGAAAUUACCCUAAAAUAGUUUCAGUUGUAGUAGAGCUUUAGUAUUUUGUAUGCGCUAAAAAUAAUGCUUCCAUUCUGCUAACGCUUCUAGUGAGACCACAAGCAAUGUAAGCUUGGGAAGGAAUUUUUAUCAAUGUAUAUUAARGCUUGUUUGUGAUUGUCUUUGUAUUUAGUAGUAGAAUGUUGGUAUAUCUAUAAUAGCAAUGGACUUUAGAUUUCAUUGAUCAUCAAAAUAAAUAAACAUAGUUCUUUUACCAAG